AUGAUCCGUAAAAACUUCCAGCAUGUCCUUGCCUUUGUUUUUGCCAUUCACGAGAUCAACAAGGAUGCUGAAUUGUUGCCCAACACUACGCUGGGAUCCAAGAUUUAUGACAAUGCUUUUAAUUCGAGGAAAGCCUGUGUGAACACUCUGGAUCUUCUCUUUACAAUGAGAAGGGAUCCUCCCAAUUACAACUGUGUCAGGAAAGAUAAGUUAAUGGCUGUUAUUGGUGGUCUCACCUCACCAAACUCCAUCCAGAUGGCUGUAGUUUUAAAUACCUACAAGAUCCCACAGGUGGUGCCCCAUUUCACCUGCGUUGAGAGCUGCCGCCCUGGACAGAGCAUGUUCAUCCAGCAGGGGAAGCAAGUGUGUUGCUAUGAUUGCAUUGAAUGUGCCCAAGGGAGGAUUUCAAACCAGAUGGAUGCAGAACAAUGUAAGAAGUGCCCAGAAGAGAAGUAUCCAAACAAGGAUAAGGACCAAUGCAUUCCUAAAAUUAUAAAUUACUUAUCCUAUGAGGAGCACUUGGGAGCCCUUCUGUCUUCCUUGGCUCUUUCCCUUUGUGUGAUCAGUGUUGCAGUGAUGGGUGUCUUCCUUCAGCAUCACAACACUCCCAUCGUCAAAGCCAACAACUGGGGCAUCACAUGUGCCCUACUUUCUUCUUUACUUCUAUGUUUUCUCUGCUCCUUCUUGUUCAUUGGGAGGCCUGGGAAGGUGACCUGCCUUCUGAGACAAACCGUGUUUGGCAUCAUCUUCUCCAUUGCUGUAUCCUGUGUGUUAGCAAAGACCAUCACGGUGGUGUUGGCCUUCAUGGCCACGAAGCCUGGAAACAGCAUGAGGAAAUGGGUGGGGAGGAGAUUAGCAGGGUCAGUCAUCAUUUUUUGUUCUAUGAUACAAGCUAUAAUCUGUGCAGUGUGGCUGACAACUUCUCCCCCCUUCCCAGAGUUGGACAUACACUCCCUGGUUGACACAAUCUUAGUUCAAUGCAAUGAAGGCUUGGACCUCAUGUUCUUCAUAGUCCUGGGCUACAUAGGGGUUUUGGCCCUCAUUAGCUUCACCAUGGCUUUCCUUGCCAGGAAGUUGCCCGAUACCUUCAAUGAAGCCAAGCUGAUCACCUUCAGCAUGCUGGUCUUCUGCAGUGUGUGGGUGUCCUUUGUGCCCACCUACCUGAGCACCAAGGGCAAAUACAUGGUGGCUGUGGAGGUCUUCUCCAUCUUGGCCUCUGGUGCUGGCUUACUGGGUUGCAUCUUUCUGCCUAAGUUGUACAUUAUUAUGCUGAGACCUGAGCUGAACACCCGGGAACACUUGAUCCCUAAAAACUACCAGUUUGUCCUUGCCUUCAUUUUUGCCAUUAAUGAGAUCAACAGGAAUGCUGAACUGUUACCCAACAUCACACUGCGACACAAAAUUUAUGACAAUGCUUUUAAUUCAAGACGAAGUUCUUGGGCCACCUUAGAUAUUCUCUUCAAAGGACAAAGGAAUCAUGUCAACUACGACUGUGCCAGGGAGGGGAACCCAAAAGCUAUCAUUGGUGAUCUCACUUCUCAAAACUCCAUGCAGAUGGCCAACAUCUUGAAUACUUACAGGUACCCACAG